UGAAGUGUUUUUUGAGUUUAGUAAAUGACUGCAGCAAGAAAUUCAGAAGGUCUGGCUUCUUUUCAUUCGGAGUAUGUUGACCAUGGCAGAAACACGCUUGAUCAGCUCCUCACAAAAAUCUGAUUUAAUGUAUUAAAUAUCAGAAAGACUGGAAAUUUCAAAAGGUCUGCGCCUCCCUAACUCGCCAAGACAAUGGGACACUCAGAAUGCAGCAGUAACAAUCUACUCUGGGGAAAUUACCGUCUUCAGAAUAAGACAACCUGCAGUAUACUAACCAAAUACAGCAAGGUGCCCGUUACUGCUUGUGAUCUGGUCGAUGUAAUCAUCUCUUUGGGAUAAAUGUGUAUAAUGUAUAUUUAAUGGGAAGAUACACUACUAAGUAAACGUGUUUGGGCUGUGGAUUUUCCAGAGGUAUAACGGUACAAUUUACAGUGGCAGUUGUCGCUCCUGCUGAAAUUGACACUGAAAGCCACUACAACUGUAAGUUCAGGUACAUUCUGGGGGAAAAUUGUCUUCGAGCCUCUGCGUGUAGAACAAAGGAUUUAAAACCGCGAAUUUCCUAUAGUAAAAGGAGAUUUAUAAAGCAAGCUGAAUGUGGAUACAAGACUGUUUAACGUAACCAAGUAUUUUGUAUCUACAGUCCAGAAAUCAGCGGUUUGAUGAACGAUUAUGCGAAUAAACGCUCAGUGUCCUAAACGGUUUACGGGACUUUACCAUCGCGCUGAUCUGUUUAGGAAACAUCGACAAUUUUGAACGGUGUAUUCUGUACACACCCUUUAAAAAAGGAGAUUUGCUCACCUUGGGAGUGCAACAUAAAGCUAGAGAUUCGACUAAUUCGUCAACAGAUCAGAUCACCGUUUUCUUCAGAAGCAAAUAUGUACCGUUUAAACGCACUUGGAAUUUAUCUGUGGGAAACAAUAGUAUUUUUCAGCUUGGCUGCCUCCAAAGAAGCGGCUGCUCGAAAAGCCACUACUCCAAUGGCUCCGUCUGAAUUUCUGGAUAAGCUCAUGGGCAAGGUGUCUGGAUAUGAUGCAAGAAUCAGACCUAAUUUUAAAGGUCCUCCAGUAAAUGUCACAUGCAACAUCUUUAUCAACAGCUUUGGAUCUAUUGCUGAAACCACAAUGGAUUACAGAGUGAACAUCUUUCUACGGCAGCAGUGGAAUGACCCUCGUCUGGCCUACAGUGAGUACCCUGAUGACUCCCUUGAUCUGGACCCAUCCAUGUUAGACUCCAUUUGGAAACCAGAUUUAUUUUUUGCCAAUGAGAAAGGAGCCAACUUCCAUGAAGUCACAACUGACAACAAACUGCUGCGAAUUUCAAAAAACGGAAAUGUAUUAUACAGCAUCAGAAUAACACUGGUACUGGCUUGCCCAAUGGACCUGAAGAACUUUCCUAUGGAUGUGCAGACAUGUAUUAUGCAGUUGGAGAGCUUUGGUUACACCAUGAAUGACCUCAUCUUCGAGUGGGAUGAAAAGGGAGCUGUGCAGGUGGCUGAUGGACUAACGUUACCUCAGUUUAUUCUUAAAGAAGAGAAAGACUUGCGCUACUGCACAAAACACUACAAUACAGGCAAAUUUACAUGCAUUGAGGCUCGCUUCCAUCUGGAGAGACAGAUGGGCUACUAUCUUAUCCAGAUGUAUAUCCCAAGUUUACUCAUUGUCAUCCUAUCCUGGGUGUCCUUUUGGAUCAACAUGGAUGCUGCUCCAGCACGAGUUGGUCUGGGGAUCACUACUGUACUUACAAUGACCACACAGAGCUCAGGUUCAAGAGCUUCACUGCCUAAGGUGUCCUAUGUAAAAGCCAUUGAUAUUUGGAUGGCAGUGUGUUUGCUCUUUGUGUUUUCUGCCCUGCUGGAAUAUGCUGCAGUAAAUUUCAUUGCACGGCAACAUAAGGAGCUCCUUCGCUUUCGCAAGAGGAGGCGACACCACAAGGAGGAUGAAACUGGAGAAGGUCGAUUCAGUUUCGCAGCGUACGGGAUGGGUCCAGCUUGCCUGCAGGCCAAAGAUGGAAUAUCUAUCAAAGGCAACAACAACAAUGCUCCAGCAACAACUGCCCCACCUGAGAAAUCAAUUGAAGAGAUGCGCAAACUUUUCAUCAGCCGUGCCAAAAGGAUCGACACAGUGUCUCGUGUGGCCUUUCCACUUGUCUUCCUGAUUUUUAACAUUUUCUAUUGGAUCAUUUACAAGAUAAUACGCAGUGAAGAUGUCCAUAAGCAGUAAAUCAAAUCAGCAGAAUGGAUAACCAAAUAGCUGUGGUGAUGCAUACCAAGUCUUACAUGUACAUACAAGAUCUAGGGAAGAAGAGAGAGAGAAACAAUUUUAUCAGCAUUUUUUUUUGGAGGGAAGAAACUAUUAAAAUGUAUCUUGCAAUGAUAAUUAGGCUUAUGGGAAAAGCCUGACACAAGGAUUAAUGGUUUGACUGGAGGUUUUAUGUAACUAAUUUAUGUUGUUACUUUUAGGUUCAAGAUUUGUGGAAAUAUAUAGAAAACGUCAUUCUGUCUAGAAUUAGACCACAACAAACCGUAAGAUACACUCAUCAGAAAUUACAGUUUUCCAAACAAUAUAUGUUUCUGUUUUUAGCACAUGAAAGGGUAAUAACAAUGAUAUGGUUAGGCAAAUACAGUUUUUCAGGCUAUAACCUGAAACAAAAACAUGUAUAGCGUCUUUUUGUUCUAAGAACAUGUUGUUGGCAGCUGAACUUUCAUAUAAGAGAAAUGGCCAUACGAUGGACCACAAAUGUAAUUUAAAUUGCCACAGUUUUGCAAGACCACCAGGAGAAGAGGUAUGGAAAUCACAUACAUAUUACCUGCUGUAAAAUGGCCUGAACAGCAAAUAAUUUGUUACAAUGUUUCUGCAUUAAAUGAAAUAGAACUUUUAAUUUUCACAUAUUGGUAUUAUCUCAAGCCUUUUUUUGUCUUAUGUUUGCUGAUUCAGUAUGUUGGCACAAAGUGCUGUUUGUUUAAUUGCUUUGUUAAAUCUUUUUGAGCACCAUAGCCAUUUGCCCCUCAGAGCAGAUUCUGGCAACAUAAAACAAUUUCUUUGCUGGUAUUUUAUUUUCAGUUAUCAAUCUGGAAAAUAAAGUAUUUUGCAUGAAUAUAAUAUAUUAAAAAUAAUGGCAGAUAUUUUUUGGCUUGUAUAAAAUGUGAGCAAACUGAGGAAAUAAAGGAAUGUAAUAUUUCUGCUGUAAAUGUGUAUAGCAAGAUAUUUAUUGAAUUAUGUCUCAAUGCCUAUUCUAAUUAAAAGUUUAAAAUUU